AUGAAAAAUAAAACCGUGUUAACUGAGUUCAUCCUUCUGGGUCUAACAGAUAUCCCUGAACUCCAGGUGGCAGUUUUCACCUUUCUUUUCCUUACGUAUUUACUCAGCAUCCUUGGAAAUCUGAUUAUCCUCAUCCUCACCUUACUGGACUCCCACCUUCAGACUCCCAUGUAUUUCUUUCUCCGGAACUUCUCCUUCUUGGAAAUUUCCUUCACAAACAUCUUCAUUCCCAGGGUCCUGAUUAGCAUCACAACAGGGGACAAGAGUAUCAGCUUUGCUGGCUGCUUCACUCAGUAUUUCUUUGCCAUAUUCCUUGGGGCCACAGAGUUUUACCUUCUGGCUGCCAUGUCCUAUGACCGCUAUGUGGCCAUCUGCAAACCUCUGCAUUACACCACCAUCAUGAGCAGCAGAGUCUGCACCCAGCUGAUUUUCUGCUCUUGGCUGGGUGGGCUAAUGGCUAUUAUACCACCAAUCACCCUGAUGAGUCAGCAGGACUUUUGUGCAUCCAACAGGCUGAAUCAUUAUUUCUGUGACUAUGAGCCUCUUCUGGAACUCUCAUGUUCAGACACAAGCCUCAUAGAGAAGGUUGUCGUUCUUGUGGCAUCUGUGACCCUGGUGGUCACUCUGGUGCUAGUGAUUCUCUCCUAUACAUUCAUUAUCAAGACUAUUCUGAAGCUCCCCUCUGCUCAGCAAAGGACAAAAGCCUUUUCCACUUGUUCUUCCCACAUGAUUGUCAUCUCCCUCUCUUAUGGAAGCUGCAUGUUUAUGUACAUUAAUCCCUCUGCAAAAGAAGGGGAUGCAUUCAACAAGGGAGUAGCCCUACUCAUUACUUCAGUUGCUCCUUUGUUGAACCCCUUUAUUUACACCCUAAGGAACCAACAGGUAAAACAAGCCUUCAAGGAUAUUGUCAAAAAGCUUGUGAAUCUUUAA